AUGUUUACUUCUGACUUCCAUUGGCUCCUUUGGACUGAGCCCGACCCCUCAGCGGGUAUUAAAGUGGAAUCUCAGCACGAUCAUUUUCUAAUAUCCCCUCCUUCCUCUCCUUCUCCUGCAUUGUCCUCUCCCUCUUGCUCCUCCCUGUCUACUUCCUCGUCGUCCCUCUGCCACCGGCGCUCUCCCGACCCGUAUCGCCCUCGACCGUAUCCCUCAGCCCGCGGACUACAUUCUAUACCCACAAUGUCAUACUCAUAUACCACAAAAACAAACCUUAGAGGUCCGGAGAGGCGAUCCUCGGAUGGCAGUGGUCCAAUUUACCAUCAAGAUGGCAUGUCAAACACGAAUUAUCCUAUGCCUGCGUCCUACGAUUGGCCUUCCCCACUAAUGUCCAACCAAGCCCAACAAUACUCUCCUGGCUCUGAGUAUCAUAUUUCUCCCUCUGUGGUGGGAGGUUAUGAUAACUCGAAUGUUUUGAAUUCCAUGGAGCACUAUGACCAGCCGUUCUCCAAUACGCCGCAUCCUAACGCGCGGUCAUCUCAAGUCACCUCUUCUGAUCACAGCUCGCAUUCAGACGUUUCUUCUCUCCAGUACAGAAACUGUCAACUGGAGGAGUCCCUACGGCAGUGCAAAGAGCGUAUACGACAGUUGGAAGCUCAGCAUGUUCGUGCACCUUAUACUCCUCCGGGAUCUGCAGGAGUAACACCACCGUCGAGCGCAUCUUUCGAAUCUUCCUGGAAAGCACGGACUAUGGCACGAAAGCGUAAAUUCUGUUCGGCCAACCGAGCAGGCAACGCUCUUUGCGCUUGGCAUGAUACGCGACGAGAGCGUCGUGUCUAUCCUCCCAGAAACGCUCCUUCCGGGUACCUCAACUGUGGCUGCACCGAUGAAGAGGCUCUUUUCGAAGAGAGCCUCGCUCGUAAUGGUGUUGGAAGUUACCUUCCGGGUGACAACGUACGCAUGGAUCCUGCAUUGCGUAAUCCACUGCUGAAGUUACUACAACGGCGGUACGGCUACCGAGACGGAGACUUCGAACGUGAUCCUCGGACUGGUGAAUGGGUAACGGGUGAGGGCCAUUCAAAAUGGGAACAGGAGUCAGGGCCUGCCACGAACAUUAGACGUUCGAGAAGCGAUCGUGCAAGGUGA